AUGGCUGCCUCUGAUACGGCCGCGUUCCCAAACUACAAUGUUGACCUUUCUCAUGUGGAGGACCCCAACGAGCGUCGUCGUUUAGCCCUUGCACGCAUCGACGACGCUCCGUUCGGAUGGCGUCACGCUCGCGCGGUCGUCGUAGCUGGGGUGGGUUUCUUCACCGAUUCCUACGAUAUUUUCGCCAUAAACCUCUGCUCAAGCAUGCUGGGUGUUGCCUUUUGGGAACACGCGACCAACCGCCCUGGCAAGAUCCCAUACAGCUCGGACACUGCCAUCAAGGUCUCCACAUCAGCUGGUACCGUCAUCGGCCAGUUGUUCUUUGGAUGGUUGGCAGAUAUCGUCGGUCGCAAGCGCAUGUACGGGAUUGAGCUCAUCAUCAUCAUCAUCAUAUUGGCUACAUUGGCACAGUGCUUGUCCUCGAAUUCUCCUGCAGUGUCCAUCACGGGCCUUUUGGUAUUCUGGCGUACAGUCAUGGGUAUCGGCAUUGGUGGUGACUAUCCAUUAUCUUCAAUCAUAACUUCAGAGUUCGCGAAUACAAAGCAUCGAGGAGCCAUGAUGGGAGCUGUCUUUGCCAUGCAAGGCUUCGGACAGUUUGCUGCUGCAAUUGUCGCGCUAAUCGUGACGGUAGGGCUUAAAGGCUCCCUGGAGUCUGCAGCCUCCGUGAGUAAAUGCAGUGGAGUCUGUCAGCUGGCCGUGGAUAAAAUGUGGCGGGUCUUCAUUGGCUUCGGAGCGGUUCCGGCUUGUCUUGCGCUUUAUUAUCGUUUAACCAUCCCUGAAACCCCGCGCUACACCUUUGAUGUCGCCAGAGAUUUACUCAAAGCGGAUGAAGAUGUUGAAGCUUACAUUCUGGGGAAACACGAAGGCCAUCCUGACGAGGUCAAACGGGUAGCUGUGCUUCAAAGUGCCGAUAUCAGACUAGUGACUCCAAAAGCAAGUUGGUCGGACUUUCGUUCGCAUUUCACCACUUGGAAGCAUGGCAAGGUAUUGCUUGGCACUGCAGGCUCGUGGUUCUUCCUUGACGUUGCUUUCUACGGGCUUGGGCUCAAUAAUUCCAUCAUCCUGACGGCCAUCGGCUGGAACGGUGAAAGUACUGUAUAUGAGUACUUCUACCGCAACGCUGUGGGGAACCUGAUCUUGAUCUGUGCUGGAGCCAUUCCAGGAUACUGGGUGACGGUUGCAACAGUCGACCGGCUAGGCCGCAAACCAAUCCAGAUUACCGGAUUUGUGAUAUUAACUAUCAUAUUUAUCAUCAUCGGGUUCGCGUAUGAGCCGCUGAAGAGGUCCGACAACGGAUUAUUGGCAUUGUACGUGGUGGCACAGUUCUUCUUUAACUUCGGGCCAAAUGCCACCACGUUCAUUGUGCCAGGGGAGUGCUUCCCUACGCGGUAUCGGUCAACCUCGCAUGGGAUCAGUGCUGCUUCUGGAAAGAUCGGUGCCAUCAUUGCGCAGUGUGUAUUCGGGCCGCUGGCGCAUCGGGGAGCGAAGGGGGGCGUUAACUCAUCUGAUACGCCGUGGCUCAAUCACGUAAUGCAGAUAUUUGCUCUGUUCAUGCUGUGCGGGUGCUUGACCUCAUUGCUUAUUCCAGAGACGAAGCGUCUGACUCUGGAGUAUCUGUCCGGCGAGGAACCUACACCCACACCCAUGGUCACAGCCUCAGGACAGGAGCAGGGGCCGAAGCGGGAUAGAACGUAG